GCGCCACGCAGCUGCGUGCUGGAACAGGUAUUUAUGAUGACGUCAGCAAGGUAGAGCGGCGCGCGGCGGCUGCCACUCCGGUUUGGACGCGCGAGAGCUUCUGCUCGAGACCUGAGGACACUUCCUGAGCUUCGGGCUCAAGGCCGAUGUGUCCAGCCUGUGUAAACAUUGAGACUGUCAGUAGGGGAGAGUGAGCUAUAGUUCACUGGAUCCACCCCAGCCAAAGGACAACAGUGAACUACUGAUAGAUUUACACAGGGCACCUGCUGCAUCUGUUUAUGAUGACUACUCGAGGUAAAAGUGAAGGAUGCCGCAUCUGUGGGAGUGACCUGCAAGGUAACCAGCGGCGAUGGCUGUAUGCAGGUCAGAACAGAAAGGGGGCACAACCUCAGACGCCGACAGACUUUUCUAGCAAGGGAAGCUUGCCCAGAUCGGCACAGAGCAGCCCAUGGGGCAGCACUUUAUCACUCAGCUCUUCCCGUUCACUCUCGAAGUCUCGUGGCCUGCUUACCCCCACGAAAGGAAUCGACUUGCUCUGUGUGCUGACACAUAUAUUGGAGCAGCCUGUACCACGUGGGAGCGGUCAGGGGGAGUUUGUAUGCGGCAAGUGUGUGUCCGUUCUGGAACGAGUUUUCAAGUUUGACACCGUCAUCACCCGAGUCCGAGUGCUGUCGAGCGAGAGACUCCAGAAACUCACUCAGGAACGGGACAAGAUCAGGCGAUGGGUGCGAAGCUUGUACGAUCAGCGCCACCCGUCUACCUACAGGAGAAACGGAAGUUCCAGUGAGGAUGAAGGGGACCGGAAGGAUUCCGUAGGGGAAGGAUACAGAGAAAUGCUGAGGGACAACAUGGCCCUUUCCGAGUAUGAAUGGUGGUCUGAGAAAGCCGAGUCAUGUACGUAUUAUAACAGAACAGGGAAACGGUGUCAGAAAGGCAAGAUGUGUGAGUGUUGCGACUCCUUGAGAGUGUCCGACUCGGACUACGAGUCCGUUUGUGGGAUUCCACGUCACUUGCCCGAUCAAGCCUUCACAUCAUUGGGUCUCUCUCGAGAAAAAUCCUGCAGUAUGCCUCUUCAUUGGUCAAAAGUGCCAUCUGUCAGAUCAAGCCCCGCCUCGCUGUCUGGUUCCUGUCAUUCUUUGCGGUCUCGAUCCCGCACUACCUCCGUUCAGUCCUUUGACUCUUUAGACGGCAACGAUCCGUUUGAUUGGCCAGAAGAGCAUUCGGCCAUUAUAGACACCGUUUUCAAAGAGUUAAGGAGAAUUGAAGGAAAGCCAGUGAGGUCACCUGCUGGAAGUCGCAUUCCUGUGUUGCACAGAGGGGACGUGCAGAAUGGGAAGGAUGAGGUGGGACUGAAAGUGGGGUUAGUGAGGGUCCUGAAUUUUGGAGAGGGCGACAACGGGACGGAGGAUGAGUUUGAAGAAGAGAACAAUGACAUCCUGACUGAGCUAAAAGACGACUUUAUGCCAUUGCAAAGAGAGGCAUCCGCAGGUAGGGUGCAUCAUGCUGUGAAGCAGUUGCGUGAACAACUCGUUCAAGCUCAGGCUCACAUCAGAACUCUGGAGGCACAGCUUAAGGACACCAACAAACCAACAACCAAUGCUCCUGCCAAGCAGUUGAAGUCUCCGCAAGUGACCAGUCUUAAGAAUAAAAAUGACCUCAUAGAGAGUCUCAGCCAAUCGUUGCACAGCAGAGAGAAUGUAAUCCAGGAAUGUGUGACUUUGAUCCAGAAGCUGUGUGCUGAGCAGGGGCUGGAAUCACAGGUCACUGACAAACUCGUUAAAAAACUGGUCAGCGCAGUGACUGAUACACGCAGUGAACGUGAGGUGGUCCUGGAGGCCCAGCUUUCUGAGGUGAGCGAGAGAGAGAAAGCCCAGGAGAAACAACUGCAGGCUAUGAGAGACGCUGACAGAGAGCGAGACAGAGACUUCAUCACACUCAACACUGUGCUCCAGUGUAACCAGGAUGUUAUUAACCACCUGCGUGUAGAGCUUGCGGAGAGGGAUCGAGCUCAACAGGAGAUGAUGAAAGAAUGGGAAGUGUGGAAAGAGAGAGAUUCAGCUCUGACUGCACUGGUGAAGGAAAACAAAGACUAUAUUUCCCAGCUAAAGGAGGCGCUGGAGAGUUCAUGCCGAGAUGUGCAGGCACUCUCAGACUCACUGAUUGGACGGGGAUUGGAAGGGGCCGGAGCUGAGGCUGGAUUAGUCAAUCAGCUGCGAGAGAAAGAAGCUCUGCUGGUCGCGAGCUUCAGAGAUAGAGAGGAUCUCAGUGCCACCAUGCUGCAGGAGAUCUCAAGACUCUCCUCGGCUUUAACCAAUGCCGAAAGCAUCAUACUGGACCAAAGAGAAAAUCACAAACAAGCCAUCACUGCACUAUCAGAGCAACUCAAGAACACACUGAAGGAGCUGAGAGAGAAAACCAAGGAGAAAAAGGAGGCUGAACUAGGGUGGAAAAAGGAAAAUAAGGAGAGAGCUUUUGAGGAAGGAAAACUAAGAGACAAUCUUCAGAAGAGGGAUAAACUCAUAGAGCAAGUCCUUCUGGAGUUAGAGGAGCGGGACGGCGUGUUAACAGAGCUACAGCAAAACAUCUCUAGCAGACUUGGACCCAGAACAGCCCUCAAACACACACUGUGAGUGUGUGAUUAAACGCAUACUGUGAGAUUAACGAUGUUGUGUAUACACUGAAUUUAAAAAACUGCUCAAUAUUGCUAAUGGCACAACUUCCAUUAAGAGCAAUCUCUUAAUUUCUCAAAAAUGACAAUCUAAAGCAAUGGUUCAUAAAGUUAAUUCUGUUCAAUUCUUAAGGUAAUUCUCUAGUUGUAAAACCGAAAGGAAAUAAAGACAGGCCAACGUAUAGAAGUUGUGAAUAGUGCCAUUUGCAUGUUCUGCCAGAUUGCUCAAAACUGAACUUUUGAGAAAGCUGAGUGUAUAUUAUGACUUUUUUUUUUUUUUUUUUUUUAAUUUAUAUGAAUUUAUGACUGGGCUAUUACAGGUUUCUUUAGUAAUUUAGAUUGAACACAGCCGUAAAAUGUUUUGAUUACUUCCCACACUUCCAGAUUGUGGUUCCGAAAUUUACAUAGUUAUACACACGUGCCUUUUCAGCACAUGCUUUGCUUAUUAAUAAUAAUUUUUCUGUAUUCCCACAAUCCCUACUGCCAUUAUUAUUACUAAAUGUCUAAAUUGUUUUAUUAAUUGUAAGUGGAUAUGUUGAAUGCUGUUUUUUUGUUAUUGUUUGAUUUGUCUUUUUCCAAUGUGAUUUUCCAUGUGAUCUUAUAUUUGUUCUGUAUUUAUGAAUGUUUUCUCAUGUAGAGUUGUUUUGGAGAUGCCAUUAUAGUCCCAACUGGGAUGUGCUAUCUCCGUUCCAGUGUAGAGAAAACAUUUGCACAACAGAAGGAUUUACAGACUUUGCAAAGCACAUCUUUUAAUCUGUUUAUUUUAUUUGGGUACGCUGGAAUCCCCAUAACUUGGUGCAUACCUCAUGAAUCACAUUUAAGAUGAAGCCUCAAGUUUGUGUGGGUUUUGUUGGAGGUUUUCUUUUAUGUCUGAAA